AUGGUGACGAUGCUGCCGCCACUGGAGCAUCGACGGCCGCGACAGACGGCGGUGGCUGGGAUGUAUCCGAUGCAGCCCAGCAAGGCUCGCACGGCGCGGGCCAUGUCGCCCGAAACCGAACGAACCACGCGGGUGCUCAAGAAGCCGCGCGCCAAGCCGCCGCCGCAGCUCUCGACGAUGGACCAGCGCAUCCUCGUCCUCUUCAACUCGAAGCUCCAGCGCAUGAACCAAGAUCUCUAUCGGCGCCAGUUUACGCAAGAGACAAGGCCCCCGGCCGAGAUGCACCACGCCGCCAUCGUCCUGCAGCGAUUGUAUCGUGGUCAUCGCGACCGCACCAUGGUGUUUGCCUUCUUUGGACCUCGCAACCAGCAGAAAGCACUCCUGAUUCAACGCAUCUACCGUGGCCACCGCGGACGUUGCCGCGCCAAAGCUGCGUGGGCGCGCUUCUGGUUUCUGCAUGCGCAGCGCCUCCAAGCGUGGAUACGGGGCUUCUUGGCACGCGACCAUGUCGAGCGCCUCUUAGUAACUCGGGUGGUUGCGGCGGCCGCACUUCUACAGCGGGUCUAUCGCGGGUACGGCGGCCGCUGCGUAACGCAUCGCAUGCGGCAUGCGUACCACACGAUGUGUGCGGUGAAGCUGCAGCGUGUCUACCGCGGCCAUCGAGGUCGAUGUAUUGUGGCAACGAUCCGCUACGAGAAUGCCACAAAUGCCCGCGCGAUCGCACUCGCCAGUGCCGUGCACAACAUGACGCACACAUCGUUGCUCAUGUGUCUCUUCGCCCGUCUGCUCGGCCUCUUUGAUUUGCGCGGGGCCAAGGUGCUGUGCUUGGAUGGCUUCCAGCGCUUUCCCACUGAGCCAUUGUACUUGUUUGCGUACAGUCUGCUGUUGCAGCUGCAAGGGGACUCUCUCGAGGUGGCCAUGGUCUAUCUGCACAAGGCCAAGGCCCUUGGGCUCAGUGACGCGCAUCGCCACCACUGCGAAACCAAGUACUUUUACGCCGCGCUGCAGUGGCGACCGGGCGACGCGACCAUCUGCCUUUCGUUUGCGAUCGCGCUCCAGUGCUUUGGGCUCGUCCGGCGCGCCGACGCCUUGUACAAGCAAGCGCUCCAAAGCAAUGUGCACGCGUACAACAUUCGAGGCUACCUCGCGCGACGGGCGUUCAGCGACGUCAUUUUACUCAACUGGAAGCGCUAUCUGUGUGUGUUUAAGCUGCCGCUCAACUUGCGCGUCCGGCUCGUGCACAAGCCGCUGCUUCUACACGGGACCGACGAACGCAUCGGCGUCACGGUGUUUCGGCACAAUCACUAUGCGGUGAUCACACCGGAUGUCGCUCACAAGUGCAACUCCAUCUAUCUCGCCGACGACGAGAUUGCCUACUUGGUCAAGCAAGUCAGUGACGAGGUUGGCCGCGACACGGACACACCGCCGAGCGCCAAAGGCCGUUGCAAGACGUUGCUGGCGUUGCAACGGCGCCGAACGGGCGCGGCCGUCUCGUUGAAAGAGGCGGCCGGCAACCACGACCUCAAGAGCAAUGUGCGUUUGUCGAUGGACCAUGCCGAGCGCAUCGUGGCACUCGUGGUCUUUCUUCCACUGGCGGUGCCCUCGAGCGCGAAUGCGCUCUUGAUGGUCAUCCCCGCGCUUUUGCGCUGGCGGGAGCACCAAGCGCGCGUGCUCAAACAGUACGAAGCGCUCUUGACGAUCCAGCGGGUCUUUCGCGGGUACCUCGUCCGCUUUCAGGACGCCCGCCGGCGACUCUUGAGCCAUUUGACGCAACAGCAAAUGCAUCGACUUGGGCUCACACUACAACAGCGCAAGUUUAUCCAGGAGCGACGCGGAAACGCAGCAACUCGCAUCCAAGCCGCCUUUCGAGGGUAUUGUACGCGCUGCGACAUGCGAGCAAACGCAGCGGCGGCGACGGUCAUUCAGAGCCUCUGGCGGCGCGAGCUGGCCAAGCGACGGGUGAUCGCGAUCCGGGAAGGCAAUUUAAACUUGUUUCCAGUCACACGGGUCUUUCAUCGCGGCCUCGAACUCGGCGGACGCAGCCUCUUGGUGGCCAUCGAUCAGUCGGGCCUCUCGUUUCGGUUUUAUGGCACCGACUACAACUCGUGCACUGUCUUUACAGGCUGCUGUCCGCGCAGUCGCACGAUGCAGCUACUGCGCUACGUGCGCUACGAGUAUGCGACUGCGGCCAUCGGGCAGUCUGUCUUUGUCCGUGGCAGCUUUGGCGCGAUCGAGAGCGUCGAUACAACCUCGGUGGCCCACGACGUCGCCGUCGUCUGUCGGUUGGGCGAGCCAGCGGCGGGUACCUGCGUGCUGUCGCUUCUAGACGCUGCUAUGGCGAUUCGAACGGCGCAAGCGGCGAAGCGCUCCAAGAGCCCCAAGGCCAACGGAGCACCGCCAGCGCUGUACCCGCUUCCGCUGGACGCCAAGGACAUUCCUGGCAUCGUGCGUGUCCUUGUUACCUACUUGGCUCUCGUGCCGACGAUGUCGGUGCCGACACGGCAGCUCCAGCGCGAGACCAAUACCGUCUCGAUCGCAGUAGUCUUGCCCGCCAACGGCCCGCACCUCUUCCUCCCAAGCAUUCUUCCACAAACUGUCCCGCGCCGACUGCGAAAUCGGCUUCCGCCAAUGCUACUGCGUCAGAGUCCAAAACCAUAUCAAACCACCUUGCGCGUCGAUUCGUCGCUGCAGACCCACAGCCGGUACCGCCACGUGCCGCGCACGCCAUAUGUGACCGACGAAACACUCGACCAAGUGACGACGACAGGGCUCUUUGAAGGCGCCGUGUACCGGCAGCAGUGCCCGCGCCAUUUUCAAACGCUGGCGCGCUGCAAGUGUUUUCUCCUCCGCGUCGAUAGCUCGGCGGCAUCCCACCUCGCGUCGUUGGACAUGGCACUGAGCCAAGGCCGCGGCGACGACGAUCGUAGUCGACUCAAUAUUCUGACCAACGCGAUCCCGAACCGCAGCGGGCGCAUGUGGCUCCGCCCCAAACCAGCGGUUCGAAAAGGUAGCGCGUCGUAAAAUGCAUCGAGUCCGGAUCCAAGUACUUUAGUACAUG